AUCAUACAAUACGAAAUUGGCAUUUUCACACUGGGUUUGGUUGGCUCUGAAGCAUUCUGACAAAUUUGUUUAAUUUUUAAUAACAUAUAAAUUAAACUGACUAGUCGGCCAGUUUAAUGUCAACCCACAUUUAGAGAGUCUCAUCAAGACUCUAUUUUCACUCCAGAAACAGAACACCUAUUGCUGUGCAAUACAAAUGCUGUAAGCAAAGGAAAACAUUUAUUAAAUAUUCCAACUGCAGCGACUACAUUUCCACUAAGAAACAUAUACAUAUAUUUAUAUAUAUCAAUAUAUGUAUGUAUUUAUAUAAGUAGGUGAACAAAGAUGACGCUUAAAGUAACGAAGCUUGCACUAACGAGUCGCCUCAUCGUCCUGGCUGUUCAAAUGUUGGCCAAUUGGGUUGUGCCGGAUCAUAAGCCGGAUGUAUUUCGCAUGCCAAUGCCCAUAGUGAAUGCCACGGUGCCUGUACAUGGUCUGGACACACUUGUGACGACCUGCUUGGGCGGCUUGAGGCACUGGGAUGGCGAAUACUUUCUGCAUAUAGCCUACUAUUUGUAUACCUACGAGAAUACGCUGGCCUUUUAUCCACUGUAUCCGGUGCUCAUACGGAAUGUGGCCAUGGUUUGUGAGACCUUAAAUGUGCCCAUGUCGCAGCACGUCCUCAUGCUGUUUAUCGCUGUCGUUCUUAACUUGUGGUUCUUCUGCGAGGCGGCCAAUUACCUAUAUCAGCUGACGCAGCGUGUCUUUAACGAUCUACACAAGAGUUGGAAUGCAGCACUAAUUUUUUGCUUCAAUCCGGCCAGCAUUUUCUUCAGUGCUGCCUACUCGGAGUCGCUGUUCGCCUACGCCAGCUUCAUUCUGAUGCUGGAAUGUGUGCGGCCAAAGCAACAGUAUAACUUUGUGCGCAUUUGCGUCAGCUUGACCGCCUGCAUCAUGUGCCGCUCCAAUGGAUUAAUCGCCGUCGGCUUUCCCCUGUAUUUCUUUGCGCGCCAUUUGAUACUCACUGCAAACGUGAAACGCUGCAAGCAGCUCAUCAGGAUGUCACUGGCAAUAAUCAUCCCAUUAGGCGUCUUGCAUGCCUAUUACUUUUACAUAUACCGAAUGUACUGUAUGCCCAGCACUAGAGUGAAGCACCCUGAGCAGGUAGUGCAUUACGCCAACGAGAGGAACUAUCUGCUUGCCGGAAGGGGACCGGAGGGAUCGCCUUGGUGCCAAUAUACCUUGCCAUUCCCCUAUAAUUAUGUGCAAUCUACGUAUUGGGAUGUCGGAUUCCUACGCUACUAUCAAUGGAAACAGUUGCCCAACUUUUUGCUCGCAAUGCCCAUGUUAGUCUUUAUGCACUGGCAUUGCUGCGAUUAUCUUUGGUUUUUGGCCACAAAAUUGACGCCUCAGGCUUCAAGCUGGCGGGAGUUGUUCAAGACACAAAAGUCGCUACCAUUUGUGCUGCAUGGCGCCUUUUUGACCCUCGUCUGUGCCCUGUUUGUGAAUAUUCAAGUGUCUACGCGUUUGUUGGCCUCGGCUACGCCCAUUUUUUAUUGGUUUGCUGCUGAUCAUAUGCCAAAGUCGCUGGCGCAACUCUCAUUCCGUUCAAAGGCUGGAGCUCUAUUUAUCUGGUGCACCACGUAUUGUGCUUGCGGUACGAUUCUCUUCGCUAAUAACUUUCCUUGGACUUGAACAUUAACUAUAUAUUUAUAUAUAUAUUUGUCGGGCAUUUAUAUGUAUGUAUAUAUACAUAUAUGUAUGUAUAUACAUACGCUAUAUAUAUGUAUUUAUGCACGCUAUUUUUUUAUUAUAUGCCAAAGAGACUGUAUUAGGAUUGGAUUAGUUUGUAGAUAUUUUUAUAGGUGAUCAUGUUAAUCAGGAAAUGACAACCGAAAGUAAUUGCACUUUGCUUAUAAACUAAAUUUAAUAAAUGUUUAAAUCCGA